AAACACAAUCGACCUUCACCGUCCCGUUGCCCAGAUCCUUCGCUCCCCACCCCCCCCCCCACGAUCGUCAUGGACAACAACUCCACCACCUCCUCGACCUCAUCCGCCACCUCCGCGACCUUCGCCCCCGCGUCGCUGCUGGACGACCUCAUCUACGUCGACAUCGCCUUCCGCGAGCCGCGCGCCCUCAUGGCGUGCGCCUUCACCCUCGUCCUCCUCGCCUACGCCCUCGCCGCGGCGGGCAACUCGCUGCUCUGCGUCGUCGUCCUCCUCGACCGCCGCCUCCACCGGCCCCCGUACGCCCUCGCGUGCAUCCUGUCGCUCGUCGGAGUCGCCGAGACAACCGUCGCCCUGCCCCGCCUCCUCUACGACCUCUCGAGCCGCACCUCCAUCGCCGCGGGGGAGUGCCUCGCCCGCAUGUUCGUCUACCACACGCUCGUGCGCGCCCACGCCCUCGUGCUCGUCGCCAUGGCCGUCGACCGCUACCUCGCCGUGUGCCACCCUCUGCGCUACCGGGCCCUCGCCGCCGCCGUCGCCGCGUCCGCCCGGGCCUCGGGGGCCGCGUGGGCCGCCGCGGCCGCCGGCGGCUCGGCCGCGGCGAUCCAGGGCGCCGGCUACGUCGCCGUGGUCGCGCGCCUCCGGUUCUGCCGGGCGCGCGUCGUGCCCUCGUCCACGUGCGACUUCUCGGCCGUGCGCCGGCUCAUGUGCGGCGAGGUGGGCUACGAGGCGCCCGUCGUCUACGCCAACAUCCUCCUGGGCACAGCGCUGCCGCUGGGCGCCGUCGCGGCCUCCUACGCGCUCAUCCUCCGCGAGUGCCGCGGGCAGAGGCUCCCCGGCGGGCGCCGGAGGGCCCUGAGCACGUGCGUCACGCACCUGCUCCUCGUGCUCGUCUACUUCACGUCGAUCUUCUUCACGUUCGCCACGGGCCUCAGGCUGGGCGCGCCCACGUCCGGCGAGGGGGUGACCGCCCUCCAGACCGUCCAGUUCAUCCUGCCGCCCGCGCUGAACCCAGUCAUCUACGGGCUCAGGACGGCGGAGGUCAGGCGAGGGCUGGCGAGGUUGUUGCCAAGUAAAAUUUGGCCUAGCAAUUAGGGGCGUGGGGGAGGCAAUGUUGGCGGUCGUCGGUUGUUGUUUUAUUGUUGUUGUUGUGCAGACUUCCGCCCUCCCCAUCAACGUAAAAAAUAUUAAAUGAAACAUCGCUUCCUGUUGGUAGGCUCGAUGUGAAUCACACCGAAGGUUGAGAGGGUUCGUCCGAGCUGGCCACUGACCUUCAGCGUGGCCUGUGAAGAGCACCCAUUGGAAAUCCGCUUGCGAGUGAUUUGAGAGUCGGUGAAUUCCAGAGAAACGAUGACUAUAAUAAGUGUUUAGAACAGUGGUUCUUAACCUGGGGUCGUGCAGUGUAUAGCAUUGUCUCGUGUAGUAUAUAGCAUAGUGUGUAUUGUA